AUGAAAGUUGAAUCUCCUGUAUCAUCCAGUUCAACACCAGCAUCAUCAACCUCAUUUAGUAUGGAUAAUUCUUCAUCAUUACCAGUGACAAAUACUCAACCAAUCCCAAAAAAAUCUCAACAAAUUAAAACUGAUAAACCAAGACCUCAUGUAUGUACAAUAUGUACCAGAGGGUUUGCCAGACUUGAACAUUUAAAACGUCAUGAAAGAUCUCAUACUAAUGAAAAACCGUUCCAAUGUGCUGCAUGUGGUAGAUGUUUUGCUAGACGUGAUUUAGUGUUAAGACAUCAACAAAAAUUACAUACUAGUUUACCAAAUAUAAUGAGAAGAGGGUCUUCAAAAGAUUUAGAUAAUAAUUCAACUAAUUCCAUCAAUACUCCCAGUAAUAAUAACAAUAAUAUUAAUGAACAUAUCAUAGUAUUACCCAAUAACACGUCUGCUAAUGCUCCCUUACCUACUAGUUCAACUUUAUUAACUCAUUUCACUAAUAAUCAUAAUCAUCAUAAUCAUCAUGAUCAUAGUCGGAAUAAUAGUAAUAGUAUGGAUAUUGAUAUGGAUGAUAAAGAUCAGUUAUUCUCCCCUCCUCCUAUUUUAAAUACAUCUUCAACUACAUCUAAUAAACCUCAAUUUAGAACUAUGUUAUUUAAUACUAGUAAUGGAAAUGGUAAUAGUAAUGGUAAUGGUAAUCAAUCUUUUAAUAGUAUUAGUAAUCAUGGUACUCCAAAUACUCAUUUAUCACUGUUACUGCCUCCUAAUAAUUCUUCAAAUAUAAUGAUUUCAUCUCCUAUGCCUUCAUCUCAUAAUAAUUCUCCGGCUCCUUCUAUAACUUUACCCAGUUCAAGACCUUUACGUCAUUCUCAAAGUAGAAAUAAUCUGCAAGUUCAACAACCAUCUCCUCAAUCCCAUGAAUCUCCCCAUAGAGUUUCUAUUGCAAUAAAUGAUAUCAUGCCUCAUCCUCACCCUCAUACAAUUACAAAUCAACCAUUAAGACAAAAUCCUCAAAUCUCAAACCUUGCAUCUAAUCAAUAUCGUCAUGUUUCAUUCUCAGCAGCUUCAAAUAUAUCAUAUACUAAUUUGAAAGAUGCUUUAAAUAUUCAACAACAAAAUAAUAGUAUAAGUGAAACAGCCGCUUCUCAAGUUGAAUUCGCCACUCCUCAAUUAACGUCUACUGAUGAUUUAACUUCCAAGAAUUUAAUGUUAAGUGGAUUGGAUUUAAGUAGUUAUAGUAUGUUAGAUUGGAAUAAUAUUGAAAAUUUGGAUCUUAGUGGUGCUAAUGGCGGUGAAGAUCAAUCAAACCUUACAGCAAAACAAAAAUCAAUUCGAAAUUUACAACAGUUCUUUUUAGAAAAUGUGAAUGGAAAUGUGAAUGGUAAUAAUAAUAAUGGUAAUAAUGGGAAUAAUUUUUCUGGUUCUCAUAAUCAAUUUUCAAAUCCUAAUCAUCCUCAUCAUUUGAAAGGAUCUACUCCAUUUGAAUUAGGUAUGAAUCCUCCUAAUGAUAUCAAUAGUUUAGCCAAUAUGGUAGAUAAACAACAACAACAAAGUUUAUUCAACCUUAAUGGGAAAUCAUUAGAUGAUAAGAAAUUAACCAUUAAAAAAAAGAAAAAUUCAAUAACAAAUCCUGUAUUACCUACAACUGCAAAUCAACCAAAAUUAAAGAAAAUAAAACGUGAAGAAUCAAAUAGUACAGAUAAAUCAAGUUCUGAAUCAAUCAAUACACCAGCUACGAAUUUCACUAAUAAUGGUAUGCCCAUAACGAUCAGUAGUAAUGAUGAUGAUUGGUUAAAGGAUAUCAUAAGUACUCCUUAUGAGGCUAAUAUGCAACAGAUUCUUUUUAAUAGUAAUAGUAAUUCACCUGAGUUAUCAUCAUUAUUCAGAUCAAGACAAAAUGAAAUGGUUAAUCAAUUAAGACCAAGUCAAAUAUUUGAAUUAUCAUUUGAUAAUAAUUUGAAAAGGGAUUAUAAUUUCAUUACUGAAACUUUAAGAACGAGAAUUAUCCUGAUUAGUAAAAUCCAAGCUAGUCAAUUUCCAACGUUAGAAGAAUUGAAUGAAUAUAUGAGAUUAUAUGAAUUGGAAUUUAAUAAGUAUUUCCCAUUCAUUCAUUUACCAUCAUUGAAAAACCCUCUUGUUGAUAAUUUCGAGAAUAUUCCUCUUUUAUUAUCAAUGGCAUCGAUUGGAGCUUUAUAUUCCUUCCAUGAUAAUAAUACUUUGAUGUUGUUUAAUUUAUCUAAGUUUCAUAUUCAAAGUUUUUUCGAAAAGGAGAUAACUUUGGAUAAUUUACAGUUUAAAAAGGUUCCACUCAUGGCUCAUCAAUGUUUAGUAUUACAUAUUUUCAUAUCGAUGUUUUUAAAUGAACCUAAUAUGAUUGAUAUUACAUCCAGACAAAUUAAAUCUAUGAUUGGUUUAAUUAAAUCCACCAAUUUUAAUGAACCAUUACAACAAUUUUUAAUUCCUCCAAGUUCUAUAUUGGAAAUUGUUACAAAGGAUGAUCCAAAUAGUGCUAUUAGUCUUUCUCCCAAGAAUCAACAAUUAUUACAGAAUAAUUUUGAUUAUUUCAUAAUGGCCCAAUCAAGAAUCAGAACCAUCCAUGUGUUUUAUUUAUUACAAGCAUUCAGAUCAAGUUUAAUUGGUUUACCGAUUUAUUUUAAUUCAAAGUUUUUGAAAAAUGGUAAUCAUUGUUAUAUUGAAGAAUUAUGGAGAUGUGAGACAAGUCAAUCUUGGUUAGAGGAAUUAAACAAAUCAUCAUACAAGGAUAAUAAUAAAAAUCCUGCUUCUCAACUGUUGGUGGAUUUAAGUAAUGGUGAAAGUUUAGAGAAUUUGCUUAAAUUAUUACAAGAUAAUUCGAUUAAUAAUAAAUCUUCAAAAUUAUCUUAUUUGAAUAGUUUAACUUUAUUGAUUUAUAUUCAUGAACAAGUUCAAUCUGAAAUUCUUAACAUUGGUAAGUCAUUCACUUAUAUUGAUUGGAAAUUAAACCAUAAAUUGAAAUUACAAAAACUUGUGAAUAAUUGGGAAUCAAAGUAUUUACAAAAUGAUGGAAUAUUAACCAUCAAUUCUUAUAAUAGGAAUCAAUUGAAUAUCAAGAAUGAAUUGAAAUUAAUCUUACCCUUAUAUUCAUUUUUGAAAAUCAAAUUAGAAAUCAAUUUAAAUCCAAUCAUGAAUGCUGUAUUAAAUAAAGAUUUCUUAACUAUGAAUAAUCAAUUGAAUUUAUUAAUUCUUCAAGAAGAGACUCAUGAAAAUAUUAAAAAUAGUUUACCUUAUUGUUUUAAUAUUAUUCAAAUAUGGGUUCAAAAUAUUGAAACCAUCAAUUAUGAUAUUAAACAAACUUCAUUAAGAACUCCUGUAUUCUUUGUGGCAUGUUUAUUUGUGGCUAUUUUGAUUAUCUCCAAUUAUUUAAACUAUUUAGAAUCGAAAAAGAUUUUGAAGAAUCAAAUAUUGACUGAUAAUGAUUUAGUUAACUGGUUAAAUUGUGAAUCAAAGAUGAUGAUUGUGGAAAAUGUCUUAUCACCUGUAUUAAAAUCGUCAUAUUCGGAAAUGUUAACCAAACAACAAGAUGGUAUAUUCAGUUCAAUCAAAGAUAAUAAACACGCAAAAUUAUCAAAAUUAAAUAAAGAAUUAACAGAAGAAAUUAAAGAUUUUAAUUUAUCCUGUAAAGUGUUAUAUUUGGGAAUUAGAAUCUUAGCAGAUGCACCAGUUUGGCCAGUUGCCAUGGGAUUUGCAGAAGCUUUAAAGAAUAGAGCUAGUUAUUUAUCAUUAAGAAAGAAUUCACCUCCUGGUAGUGGAUCAGGAUCAGUAUCUGCUUCAGGUACUCCACAAGUUGCAUCUAGUUCAAUCAAUUCCAAUGCUAAUACAUCUGGAGCAACAGCUAUAGCAAAAGCUACAGCAACUACGACUACCAAUGCGAAAAAGUCUAAAAAAUAA